AUCUCAUGAUCCUCAUCCUCGGAAGAGUGGAAAGUGAUGAGCGAGCUCGCUCUACGAAGAAGCCCUCUGAUCAAGGCUGACACUCGUCCACAGAGCCUAGAGGCUGGGUCUAUGGCUACGGCCGAAAUGGACUACUUCUAAGCAAGCUGUGAUCGCAGCGACAUGAACAGUCAGAUCCUUCCGGACAAUAUAGCUCCCGUUCCGUGAUGCAACGAGCCUUGUCUGCGCGUUUCAGCUCAUGACACAGCUCAAGACUGUCAGCGAACCGGAACUUGACUGCCUGGGAACUUGAUGAGGCAAACUGAGGUCUCGAGAUCGCCUGUUUAUGAACCUACACAAAGACUCUGCAGUCACGGGCGACCGAGCUCCACCAAAGUUGGAUGUCGAAUGCAAAGCCCUUUGGUCGGUCGACAGGGUUUGGCAUGCUCAUAUGUCUGGCAUGUUGUUACCCCAUAUGAGCAACGCCAUCGGCGCGGAAAGAGCCACUGGCUGAGUGGCACGGCAGCCAGAGUGGAUGCUCCAGCAAGUCAAUAUGCUGAGCUACUGAAAGACGCCGUCAGCUUCAGCGUGGCCGUGACAAACUCAAGGAGAUCACGGCAGCGCAGAGUUGAAUAUCAAACACCAGUAAGCAAAAAGCUGGAACCUGAUUGCGACCGUCUGGUAGCUGAGAUCAUCUUCUCCCUCCAUCUUAUAUCCUUCACAGGACCCAACAGAACGCCAGUUGACACUUGCAUGUGCAAGCCCAGGCGGAUCUUGCCACGCCAGCGUCUGGCUUGCUUACAUCUCCUGCUCAUUCUUGAUCUGACUUUCUUGUCUCAAUCAUCUUGAUCCCUUUCGCUGUAUUAGCAAGUGCACCAUGCUUUGCCUCAGCUCAGUGUUGAAUUCUCCAGGCACAAGACAUUGCUUGUGGGGCUUGCUUGACGUUUGAGUCU